UCUAUCUAGCUAGAGGAAAUUAAGAGAGAGAGAGAGAGAUCAUCAUGGGUAGGAAGAGAAGUUCACCUAUGAAUGUGUUGUCUGAAUGGGUGAAGAAACAAUCUAUGAGGAUGAAGAUCUGUCUUGGUGCAAUGGUUGCACUUUUAGCUUUGGUGGCUUUGAAGCUUACCAUCCAUGAUCACAACCACUUCUUCAUUGGCUCAGAAAUCAUCCAUGCUUUGGGGAUCUUCGUCUUGAUUUACAAACUCAAAACCAAAAAGACUUGUUCUGGCCUCUCAUUAAAGACUCAAGAACUUACAGCUCUGUUCCUAGCUGUAAGAUUGUUCUGUAGUACUAUUAUGGAGGGUGACAUUCACACAAUUUUAGAUUUAACCACCCUAGUGUCAACAUUAUGGGUUAUAUACAUGAUUCGGUUCAAGUUGAAGUCAACCUACAUCAAGGAGCUUGACAACUUGCCCUUAUAUUAUGUGGUGGUGCCUUGUGCUAUCCUUGCCAUACCUAUCCACCCUUUUACACCUCAUUUUCUCAUCACUCGAAUCUUUUGGGCAUUUGGUUUGUAUUUGGAAGCCGUUUCAGUGCUGCCUCAACUUCGUUUGAUGCAAAAUGCAAAGAUGAUUGAACCAUUUACAGCCCAUUAUGUGUUUGCACUGGGAGUUUCAAGAUUUUUGGCAUGCGCUCAUUGGAUAAUUAAGAUUUAUGAGACCCGUGGGAGGUAUUUGUAUUUGAUUGGUAGCGGCUACAUUUGGUUCUCAGCUGCUUUCCUCUCAGAAAUAGUCCAAACAUUCAUCUUGGCUGACUUUUGUUACUAUUACAUCAAGAGUUUCAUUCAAGGCCAACUUAUAAUGAGGAUGCCAGUUUAGAAAUCAGUCUUGGAGAUUGUAACAACGUACAUUUGGUUACCUACAUUGGCUUCUAA